UUGUUCAUUUUUCUUAUCUCCCUCUGUUUGUUAAGCUAUGCACUCGAGUGGAAUCUUCAGAAAUUGCACAACCAGAUUCAAGCCGUCAACGAGAUCCAGCACUCGAACAUUCCGUGGUCAUUCAUUCAUCAAUACCAUCUACGACCGGCACUAUUCUCAAUCGAAACCGGAGCAACCUCCGAAGGCUGAUGUGAUCGAGGAGCUUGAGAAGCGAGGGCUGAUUGCGCAGGUGACCAGUCGUGCCAUUCGACAGCAUUUGUUAGAUCACCAACGCACAAUCUAUCUCGGUAUCGAUCCCACUGCUCAGUCUUUACACGUCGGAAAUCUGGUGGUGCUCAUUGCCCUACUUCACUUCACGCUCAAGGGACAUCAGACCAUCGUUUUGCUCGGAGGAGCCACUGGAUCAGUCGGAGAUCCGUCUGGACGAAACUCGGAAAGAGUAGCUCUAUCGGAAAACGUCUUGAAAGAUAAUGUCCAAUCCAUCGAAAAACAGUUGGAGAAAUUGCUUUCAAAUAGUUUCAAACAUGCUUCCAACAUGUUAUCAAUGAAGCCCCCGACAGAUAGUCAUUCGAUCACUCCAUCAUUACCUACGAUCAAGAACAAUCUGGAAUGGAUGAAAGAUCUUUCUCUGUUGGAGUUUCUGGGCUCUGUGGGUAGGGUCGCACGCGUGUCGGCUAUGCUCGCAAGGGAUAGUGUCAAGCAACGAUUAGAAUCAGGAUCAGGAAUAUCAUUUACAGAGUUUACAUAUCAACUAUUACAAGCGUAUGACUUUGCCCAACUACGCUCGAGAUAUCGAUGCACGAUCCAACUUGGAGGAAGUGACCAGUAUGGAAACAUUAUGAGCGGAAUCGAGUUGAUGAGCAAACUGCAAAGCUCGCCAGCCAGUGAUCCUGUCGCUCAGACACGAUCCCGGGAAUCGGAUCCGGAGACCACUUCCAACCGGAAUGUCGCCUUUGGACUUACUAUCCCUUUGCUGACUACUAGAGAGGGCGAAAAGUUCGGGAAAAGUGCCGGUAAUGCCGUCUGGCUUGAUCCUAAGCUGACUUCUCCGGUGGAGUUUUACCAGACAUUUAUAUCCAUACCCGAUUCAGAAGUGUUGAAAUAUUUGAAAAUGUUGACCUUUGUUCCAACUGAAGAACUUGAUCAAUGUCUGCAAAGUUCAACAAAAAAUCCGGAUUCGAAAAGAGAGCUUCAAAAACUGUUGGCCAGAGAAGUGACACUAUUAGUACAUGGAGAGAAAGGAUUGAGACAGGCGAUUCAGGGAACAGAGUUUCUCUUCCCCACCGAGUCCAAACUUGAGUCUGAUAGUCGAGAUCAUUGGAGCAAAGAGAAACUGGAUGAAACGUUUGAGAACUCUCCGAAUUGGAUCGAACUGAAGUCUUUUGAAGUGAUCGGACGAUCGCUUGGAGAUCUGUCAGUCACUAGUAAACUCUUCCAAUCUAAAGGCGAGGCUAGAAGGGCGAUCAAAGCUGGAGGAGUUCGGUUCAAUCAUCGCCAGAUCACCGAUUUCGAUCAACUUGUGUCGCAACAUCACUUGAUCGACUCGGCUUACUUGUUACUGAUGCGUGGCAAGAGCGGCUACUAUAAAGUGGUGAAAGUUGUUCAUUGACUUCCUGAUUCUUGUCUUCUCUAUUUUCACAUUCACAUCACCUUGUUUUGCAAUAUAUCUGCAAACCUCACUGCAUA